CGGGGAAAAUACGCAAGGAUGCGCUAGUGUCGUGGAUUCUUCUAGAAUUUUGACAUUUCGGUCGGCAAAUUGGUGAAAAAUUGUGUUGGGUGCAGAAACAUCUGUUUAUAUUCUGUGAAAAUUCAAGUCAUCCGUGUGUGCUUUUGCGUGAAUUGCGUGCGUGAAGAUGGUGUCAAUGCCGGGAUCGAUUGCAUUUGAUGAAUUCGGGCGUCCAUUCAUCAUAUUGCGCGAUCAAGAGAAACAAAAGCGCCUCACGGGGAAUGAUGCCAUCAAGAGCCAUAUUAUGGCCGGAAGGCAGAUUGCCAGCACAAUAAGGACAUCAUUGGGGCCUAAGGGGCUCGAUAAGAUGCUGGUGAGUGGAGAUGGUGAGGUUACAGUGACCAAUGAUGGGGCUACAAUCCUGAAAAUGAUGGAGGUUGACCAUGAGAUUGGGAAGUUGAUGGUGCAGCUGAGUCAGUCACAAGAUGAUGAGAUUGGUGAUGGAACGACGGGGGUUGUGGUGCUGGCAGGAGCAUUGCUGGAACAGGCUGAAUCACUAUUGGAUAGGGGGAUACAUCCAAUAAGAAUUGCAGAUGGUUUUGAAUUGGCAGCACAGUGCGCUGUGAAGCAUUUGGAGAGCAUUGCUGAACCCUUUCCGGUGACAAAGGACAAUACUGAGCAAUUGGUGAAGGUAGCAAUGACCACAUUGGGGAGUAAAAUCAUCAAUAAGUGUCACAGACAAAUGGCAGAGAUUGCAGUGAAUGCGGUGCUUUCAGUGGCUGAUCUGGAGAAGAAGGAUGUGAAUUUUGAGUUGAUAAAGAUUGAAGGGAAGGUCGGUGGGAGGAUGGAGGACACGGCUUUGGUCAAGGGGGUGGUCAUUGAUAAGUCAAUGAGUCAUCCGCAGAUGCCAAAGACGCUUAAGGACGUCAAAUUGGCCAUCCUGACGUGUCCGUUUGAGCCUCCAAAGCCCAAAACCACUCAUAAACUCGAUGUGACGUCAGCUGAGGACUACAAGGCUCUGAGACUGUAUGAACAGGAAAAAUUUACACAGAUGGUGGAACAGGUGAAAGCUGCCGGAGCCACAUUGGCCAUCUGUCAGUGGGGCUUCGAUGAUGAGGCCAAUCAUUUGCUGCUGCAACAGAAUUUGCCGGCUGUUCGUUGGGUUGGUGGUCCGGAAAUUGAAUUAAUUGCAAUUGCCACGGGUGGAAGGAUUGUUCCGCGUUUUGAGGAAUUGUCAGCAGACAAACUCGGUAUCGCUGGACUUGUCCGGGAAAUUUCCUUUGGCACGAGCAAAGAGAAGAUGCUGGUGAUUGAAGAGUGUAAAAACACCAAGGCAGUCACAAUUCUCAUUCGUGGAGGGAAUCAGAUGGUCAUUGCUGAGGCCAAGAGAUCUCUCCAUGAUGCUCUAUGCGUCGUGAGAUCACUAAUUAAGGACUCAAGGAUUGUCUACGGAGGAGGAGCAGCAGAAAUUAGUUGUGCAGUGGCUGUGGCCAGGGAGGCAGAUCAACUGUCUACCCUUGAGCAGUAUGCCUUCAGGAGUUUCAGUGUAGCCCUGGAGAGUGUUCCUCUGGCUCUGGCUGAAAACAGUGGUCUGGCACCAAUUGAGACUCUGACGGAGCUCAAGUCGCGCCAAUUGAGCGAGAAGAGCAACACACUGGGAGUCGAUUGCAUGCUGACAGGGAAUUCAGACAUGAAGGAGCACAAUGUGGUGGAAUCUCUGCACUCGAAGAAACAGCAGAUUAUUCUGGCCACGCAAUUGGUUAAGAUGAUCCUCAAAAUUGAUGACAUCCGAUCUCAGGGCGACUUCUAAUUUUGAUGACUUUGCCCGAUGUAUUAGCUUUUGCAUUCACGUUCUCAAUAGCCUUCGUAAUAAAUUAAUAACAUUUUUUCCAGUAAUUCUUUUUUUCUGUAAACACAUGAAAGCAGCAUCAAUAAAGGACAUUAACAUUUUAAUAGAAA